UCAAAAUGCAGGAGUCUUACCCAUCUUCAUCGCCAAUAUGGUUUGUGGAAUCAGAUGACCCCAACUUGACUUCAGUGCUGGAGCGAUUAGAGGAUAUUAAAAGCAAUACUUUGCUUCUCCAGCAGCUGAAGCGGUUGAUCUGCGACCUCUGCCGCCUCUACAACCUUCCCCAGCAUCCGGAUGUCGAAAUGUUAGACCAACCUUUGCCAUCUGGCCAGAAUGGAACGACCGAAGAGGUGACAUCAGAGGAGGAAGAGGAGGAAGACAUGGGUGAGGACAUCGAUCUGGAUCAUUAUGACAUGAAGGAGGAAGGAGCUACCGAAGGGAAGAAAACCGAGGAUGAGGGCAUCGAGAAGGAGAAUCUGGCCAUUUUGGAAAAAAUCAGGAAGAAUCAAAGGGAGGACCACCUAAACGGUGCAGUUUCUGGGUCUGUCCAAGCGUCGGAUCGACUAAUGAAAGAGCUCAGGGAUAUAUAUAAGUCACAAAGUUUUAAGACAGGAAUUUAUUCAGUGGAACUCGUGAAUGACAGCCUGUAUGAGUGGCAUGUAAAACUUCUAAAGGUCGAUCCUGACAGUCCGUUACACAGCGAUCUCCAAGUCUUAAAAGAGAAAGAAGGCGUGGAAUAUAUUUUGCUCAGCUUCUCUUUUAAGGAUAAUUUUCCAUUUGACCCUCCAUUUGUGCGCGUGGUCUCUCCAGUACUUAGUGGAGGGUACGUUCUGGGUGGAGGUGCGCUAUGCAUGGAGCUUCUAACUAAACAGGGUUGGAGCAGCGCCUAUUCCACAGAGUCAGUUAUCAUGCAGAUCAAUGCCACGUUAGUCAAAGGGAAAGCCAGAGUUCAGUUUGGCGCAAAUAAGAGCCAAUACAAUCUAGCAAGAGCACAGCAGUCUUAUAAAUCUCUAGUACAGUUACAUGAGAAAAAUGGUAUGUAUGGCUGGUUCACACCUCCAAAAGAAGAUGGAUAAUACUGAAGGCCACACUUAUUGGACCAAUAUCAGUAAAAGAUUUUAUUUCCAUGCAGACUCAAGCUAUAAAUGCCCCAUAACAGCUCAUAAAUGAAUUAGUGGAUAUCCAAUAUAAAUUACAGCCAUACUGUUCUGCUCAUCGGACAAAUAUUUUGGGCAGAACAAUUUAAGACUUUCCUAUAUUUUCCCAAUAGAUUGAACAUACCUGCAUUUUAGUACUGAAUCUCUCAAACUGCAUUCCUGGUUUACUAAAAUUUCCUAUCAACUUUUCUAUGCACUUCAGGGGUUGUUGUUGUUUUUUUCUCCAGAAUGGACUGCAAAGGAUUGCAAUAUAUUUUAUUUAAAACCAAUCAAGAGGAAUAAAGUUAGUUUGAUAAUGUGUGUUGUAGAGUUUUCAGAUCUUGUACAAAACAAUCUUUUUUUUUCCAGGCUUAAAAAUUUGAGAACGUUUGUAGAAUUUCUUAAUUCGAACGGUGAUAUAGGAGAAAGCUUGCAAUGUGAAAGAAUUAAAAUGUUUUAUUGCAUGGCUGUCUUGAGGUUACAACUCCUUAGUUUAAGCAGAGCCAGGCUGUGCCAAUAGAACUUUGCAACGGGUCAUAUCUACCGGGGUUGCUGAGCUGUUCUGAUAAUUUUUGGGACGCUAGCAUCUUCUUUUCAAGAGGGAGCCCCAGGUGUAAAGCUUGAAAAUUUAUUUAAAAUGCUAAAAAGCCUCUUAAACAAGAUCAACUCCAUUAACGGGUUGUUGCAAUCACUUGUAGAUAAUGAACUUAAAAAGCAAUGGGCAAAAAUCAAGACACUCCUUGUGUUGUUUUUUUUAGAAGACCAAUUUUUAGAAAACGAAAGCCACUGAAUUCCCAGGAAGAUCUUGAUUCAGAUUGGUGGUUUCUUUUAAAUAUCACCAUCGAUCAUCAUGACCGUGGAUUUUGUUCAGAAAAUAAUGGGGACCUGCUCCUCCUUUUUUUAGAAAACCAACUUGGAUUGGAAACUGCUGUCAGCCAGUAAACUGCUUUUUCAUUGCCUUACUUUAAU